GGUUGCAGUCUAAAUAACAAGGUUCCUUCAAUCAGAAAUGAAACAGAAAGAAAUAAAAAGUUUCAAAACAACCUUUCUUUGAUUGCAUCGUUUUUAUUUUACACGUUGAAAUGAAUUGUGGAUUUAUAAUAUAUGCUUGAUUAAUGCACGCUCGAUCGGUGAACGCUCGUUUACUGCACGGAACUUUCGUUCAUGCACAAAAUCGACUGCUAUAAAUUUUAUUAAUCAAAGCUUUUAAUGACGCGUUGAGCAGACGUGAAUUUAUUAGACGUAAAUUUGUUUAUUUUACGAGAAAAAUAAUUUUCGAAGGCUGCCUCUGCCAGUCGUCACGAGAUGACGCUGGCAGCUCCGAUUUUAACGCGCAACAAUACAAAAUUAACAAACUCUGUAAAACGACCCUCGGACAACGUUUUUAGUUCGUUAAGUCAAUUACCUCAGAAAUACGUCCUCGCAUCCCACGCAAAUUUCAAUUAAGAAUGUAAACUCAGCUCGCAAUCACCGGAAUUUAAUUAUAGAACAGAAAAAGUAACGCGGGAAUCUCGAAGGAUCGAAAUAUUAAUUUUACCAAAGAAAGAGAAUAUAAGCACUUCAUCAGCGGUUAAAGAAAAUUUGAAACGUUUCACUUAAUUCUCAGUCAUUAGCGGUGAGAUUACGUCCAUUUACGGUAGAUAAUAUUACUGGAGCCCUAUUCCGUGUACUUUACUACGAAAACAUAAAAAAGUAAUUCCCCGUUACAAGUUUCGCAGGGAAUCGCAAGAAUCCAGGAAAGUAAUUCAACCCCUCUCCGAGGAAGCUUUAGAAACUUCCGGCUCGAGUUCAUCAGUGGGCAAACAAUUUUGAAAAUCUACUAAAAAAGUCGUUUUCUCGCAAACGACCAAAGUUGCCGAGAAGAAUUACGGAGCUAAGCGGAAGACCUUUUAGCCGGUGCGCUAGGUCAUGGUGAAUAGCUUCCGACGGGGUGUUGCUCUCCUAGGAUACGUCAUUUCCGAGACGAUUCACGGGGUCAAACGGUCAUUCGAACACAUAGGAGACGAAAGAGUAAAUUCGCGAGAAAAGUAGCAGGUUCCCGUGGGAAAGUUCUUUGGGUAGAGUAUCGAAUGGGCAUCGGGAAGUAGAGCGCAUCGGCGGCGCCGGAGAUAGCAGAGGCUGAAGCAGCGGCAACAGCAGCAGGGCAAGAGAGCAAAUUCGGUCGCGCGCGCAGCCCUAGAAGGGCGGUAUGGGGAGGCUGGCAGUUCGGAGGUCUUUCAGGGGUGGCCUGUCAGUUUACCGGAUGACCGCGCGAGCGCGCUGCCGCGCAAGACCAACCCUCCAUUCGCGCUGCAUCCGGCGAACGUGACUGGUGGUCGCGUUUCAUCCUCCACCGCCGCGAAACGUUCGGUUUUUCGUCUCUGCUGCUCCGCCUAUCCUUUCCUUCUUUUCCAUUUUUACGCCUCGAUUCAUCACGAUCGACUCUUUUGAGCCGCUGUCCACGAACGUGCCGUAACAGACGACGUGGAAAGUCACCACCUAUCGACCGCCGUCACUGACCGGUGGUCCCCGUCUUUCGCUUUUUUUCCCUUCCUAAGCCGCCUUCUUCUUUAAGCUUGUUCUGCACGAAAUUUCAUCCGCUCGCUUACCGCGAAUCGGUGAUAAACGUCCCGUGCGAGCACGCUAACGGGGAUUUCUUUUCCCUCGCGGAGAAAGUGUACAGUGUAUAGUGGAUGCUAUCGCGAGGAUCGGUAGCUAGUUCGUGAUGGGGGUGGCAACCAGUUUAUCAGACGUUUUCGCUACGAGAAGUCCGCCGGGAAGAUAAUGCAGAUAAAUGCCUCCGGAGGGAAGAAACAGUAACAAAGGAUUACAUGUCAGGUGGAGGUUUGAUUCGAAGCCCCUCAAAAUCGAUGAUAUCUAGCGAAGAGUUGAAACGUUGUUACGCUUUUCAGAGUUUAAGUUCCGUUGUCGAAGCUGUUUUGUUAGCAAGAUCGGUAAGCCGUAGCCGAUCGAACCGAGCCGAUAAAGUCUGUCGGAGUUCAUUGAUAGGAUGGAAACGAGGUUACGAUCGUGCGAGGUAGAAGCGUCGAAGAAACGCGAACGCAUGAAAUACGUGGUUCGAACGAUAUUCGUCGGGAAGCGGUAAUCCGAUCGGACGAUGUUGCAGAGUGACGCGUUAAAACGUUAGCCGAGGUUAGAAUGAAAUGGUUAAUCGCACGUGCACGCUGGAAAAAUCGAUCGAGAAGCACGGUCGAAACGAUACAGUCAAUUAAAUCUCGACUCUAUUAAAUUUAAGCAGCGUUCGAUGCACGCCGGCACAAUGAGAUAGUACCGAUGGCAAGAUUACUAGCGAGUAAUCGGAACCCCGGAAUAAUAAAGCCAAUUAAAAGUGUCAAUCGAUAAUCGAUAGAUCGUUUUCGGAGGGCACAGAGAGAGAAAGAGAGCGAACGAUGGCGACGAUACCGAGGAGACGUCGACAGCGAUGCUGGCGUGGUCUGUUCGCGACCGCGUACCUCUGCGCUUUCCUCUUCUGUUUGAACGGAAUCACCGCUCAGAAACCGAUCAAUCUCGGCGGUGUGAAGAGACGGGACGUCUACAUCGCCGGCUUCUUUCCGUACGGCAGCCACGUGCCCGAGAGCCACAUCGGCCGGGGCGUUAUGCCCUCGGUGAAGCUCGCCGUCGAUCACAUUAACGAGGAUCCCUCCGUGCUCAGGAACUAUCGGCUGCACAUGUGGUGGAACGACACUGAGUGCAACACUGCCGUCGGAGUGAAGGCGUUCUUCGAUAUGAUGCACAGCGGACCGCACAAGGUGAUGCUGUUCGGAGCAGCCUGCACCCACGUCACCGAUCCCAUCGCGAAAGCGUCCAAGCACUGGCGUCUAACGCAGCUCAGCUACGCCGACACGCACCCGAUGUUCACCAGCAACAGCUUCCCGAAUUUCUUUAGGGUGGUACCCUCCGAGAACGCUUUCAACGCUCCUCGCGUAGCUCUUUUGAUACACUUCAAUUGGACCAGAGUCGGCACGAUUUAUCAAAACGAACCGAGAUACGCCCUGGCGCACAAUCGACUGGUCGCUGAUUUGGACGACAACAAGAUGGAGGUCGUGGAGACGCAGAGUUUCGCCACGGAGGUCACCACGGCCCUCGAGAAGCUCAAGGAGAAGGACGUUAGGAUAAUUUUAGGCAAUUUUAACGAAGUCUGGGCUAGACGAAUAUUCUGCGAGGCCUACAAAUUCGGGAUGUUCGGGAGAAAGUAUCAGUGGGUGAUCGGUACGCGGGAAAAGUUUCCACGAUACGUACCGAUUGAAAAGGCAGCGAUAAGCGCCAGCGAACGUUAA